GAGGCUGGCAGUCAGACUUCCUUCAGUAUUAUAUUGUGGAGAGGAGCUGAGAGCUGAGAGCUAAAAAGUACAAAAAAAAAUGUUGCCUCUCCACAACACCGGGACGGACUGAAUGGAGGCGACGCUCAGAACAUCAAUCCGUCUCUACGGCUCACCGCGACGCACUCCUCCGGUAAGCACCAAUACAAGAGCGGCGUGUUGACUUCUCCGUAAACGUCCAGCCCUCAGCCUCCCCAUGCCUCCAUCUCCUCUUGACGACAGAAUUGUGGUGGCGCUGCCAAGGCCGAUCCGACCUCAGGAACUCCAACUGCGCCUGGACACCAGCUACCUGGACUCCGUCGCCACCAGCACCAGCGACAAGACAGUCAUCAGCACCACCGUGGUGAAGAUCCGGGCGACGGCCAAUCUUGUAACGUAUAUGCCCUCAUCCAAGGGCUCCACGCGCUCGUUGUCGUGUGGAUGCAGCAGUGCCAGCUGCUGCUCAGUGACUACCUAUGAGAAGGACAGCCAGAGCCUCAACCACAGCCAGGUGAGCGCCAGCAGCCCCAACCUCAGCUAUGCCGGGGCCCCCACCCCGAUGGUCAGCAACCACGAAGCAUUAAGCGCCCCGAGUCUCGCCCCGGGCACCCCUAAGGUCCUGCCCGCCGUGAGGGUCAUCCACCCCAAUGAGCUGGCCAAGCGGGUGAGCUGCUGCCCCAUGGGACACCCCGUGGGGCCCGUGCCCGUCAUCAUCGACUGCCGGCCCUUCAUGGAGUACAACAAGAGCCACAUCCGGGGGGCCGUGCACAUCAACUGCUCCGACAAGAUCAGCCGGCGGCGGCUGCAGCAGGGCAAGAUCACUGUGCUGGACCUCAUCUCCUGCCGCGAGGGCAAGGACUCUUAUAAGGGCAUCUUCUCCAAAGACAUUGUGGUUUACGACGAGAGCACCAUAGACCCCAACCGGCUGACGUUCGCCCAGCCGCUGCACGUGGUCCUGGAGUCGCUGAGGAGGGAGGGCAAGGACCCCAUCAUCCUCAAAGGAGGCCUUAGCUGCUUCAGGCAGAACCACGAGAACCUGUGCGAGCACUCGCUGCACCUCCACGAGGGCUUGGACACCGGUGCUGCUGCUGGCCUGACGGGGCCGCUACCUCACUCCCUGCCCUCCACGCCGGACAUAGAGAACGCGGAGCUGACACCCAUCCUGCCCUUCCUCUACCUGGGGAACGAACACGACGCUCAGGACAUCCACACGCUGCAGCGCUAUAACAUCGGCUACAUCCUAAACGUGACCACCCAUCUGCCGCUCUACCACUACGACACGGGCAUCUUCAUCUACAAGCGCCUGCCCGCCACGGACAGCAACAAGCAGAACCUGCGGCAGUACUUCGAGGAGGCGUUUGAAUUCAUCGAGGAAGCACAUCAAGCAGGUAUGGGCCUUCUGAUCCACUGCCAGGCAGGCGUGUCUCGUUCAGCCACCAUCGUGAUCGCCUACCUGAUGAAGCACACCUGGAUGACCAUGACGGACGCCUACAAGUUCGUCAAAACCAGGAGGCCCAUCAUCUCCCCGAACCUCAACUUCAUGGGCCAGCUGUUGGAGUUCGAGGAGGACCUCAACAACGGAAUAACGCCACGAAUCCUCACGCCAAAGCUGAUUGGUGUGGAAACCGUCGUCUAAAAACUGAACCCACUUGCUCACACUUUGUACUCAC